AUGUCUUCCGCUAACUUCAUUGGGACUGACAAUCAUUACCAGCCAUUCGCAGGGUCAGUUCUAGGCCGGACCUUUGCCAACACCAGGUUUCCGAUCACAAUUACCAUCACUAUCACCCUCAUCCUCCCCCUCCUCAUCAGAUACACCAUCGCCCGGCUAGAAUACUACCACCAACGCCGCCACAUCUCCCCUACCCAACUCCCCCCCACCUAUCCAUGCUUCAUCCCCUACAUCGGCCACCUCCUCUCCCUCCUCAUCUCCGGCCCCACCUUCCUCCAACGCGCCACCACCCACGCCGGGCACCUAACCUCGACCCGCCUCACCCUCCUCACCACCCCGCUCUACCUCUUCCAAGACCCCGCCACCGUCCGCGCCCUCUGGAAGUCCCCCGCGCUGUCCAGCCCCCUGUCGUCGUAUGUCUACGUCCUGGGCCGCAUCUUCGGCAUGCGCUCCGCCGCGCUCGCGGCCUAUCGCGCCGACGACUCCGGACCCUUUCUGAAACCGUACUCGGGGAGUGCGGUGCUGGCAAAAGAUCGAAUAGACUACAUCACGCAUGCGGACUUGCUGAGGGAGUUGACGGGGGUGGGGUUGGGGCCGUUGACGAGCAGGACGGUGAGAGGGGUUCUGAGCCGGGUGGGGGAGGCGGAAGCAGAGUUAUACGGGGGAUGGGUGGAGAAGGCUGAUCUCUUCAAGCUGCUGCGAGGGGUCGUGGGGACGUCGAUUAUGGAAGCGCUGGCGGGGCCGGCGUUGUUGGAGCUGAAUCCGGGCUUCGUGGAAGAUUUUUGGGAGUUUGAUAAGAGUGUGCCGUGGUUUGGGCAUGGGAUUCCGGCGUUUCUGAUGCCGAGGGCGGUGAGGCGGAGGGAAAGGUUGAAGGGGAUGUUGAAGAGGUGGUAUGGGUAUGCGAGGGAGCGGUUUGAGGAGGGGAUGGUGGGCGAGGAUGGGGACGGGGAUCCGGCGUGGGGUUCCGAGCUUAUGAGGAGAAGACAGGAGAGGUUAAGAGAGGUAGCGGGACAGGAUGAGGAUUCGAUGGCGGCGAGUGACUUGGGGUUGGUGUGGGCCUCUGUCGCAAACAUCGUCCCCUCGACUCUAAUGGCGACGUUCCACCUCUUCGCUCAACCAGGGCUCCUCGACUGCGUCCGCGCCGCCAUCGCUCAAGGUAAUUGUCGAGUUGAAGGUUCAGGAUUCGACCUCAAGGCUCUCAUGCAAAUCCCCCUCCUCGCCUCCAUCUACGCCGAGACCCUCCGUCUCUACACAAACUCCUACUUCGCCACCCGCUCCCCUCACUCUGCCACCUCGCUCGGCCGAUGGAUGCUCCCGAAAGAUGCGAUCGCGAUGGUCAAUUCGCGUGUCUCUCAUAUGGAUUCGGGCGUUUGGAAUGCUGCCCAUCCCUCGUAUCCAGCGCAAACAUUCUGGGCAGAUCGGUUCGUCAAUGCGGAGGGAGAGUUCUCGGCGGAGGGGUUUGAGGGGAGUUGGAUACCGUAUGGAGGCGGACACGCGAUAUGUCCUGGCCGAUUCCUGGCGAAGACUGUCAUCAUCCUUGUGAUUGCGUUGAUGGCGGAGCGGUUUGACGUUGAGAUCUUGAACAAGUCGGUGGACAUGGAUAUGGGGAAGCUUGGGCUUGGUGUUUUAAGGCCGAAUAAGGCGAUUGGGUUUAGGAUUAGGAGGAGGUAUGAUGGUAGAGGUCAGGUUGAAAAGUAGGAGACCUUGAUAAUUGGAGUUUAGGGAAAGAAUAAACUUGGUGCUUCGUGGGUUCUACAGCUAGCGACAAAGGCUGAGUCAAUCUACCAACUACUAGAUUAAACACAGUCUUAUUCUUUUAGCUGUAGGCGGAGGCCGCCCUCGUUGAUGGCCCUCCGGGCCCUUUCUGUAAGUAAAAUGAUCAGGGAACAUUGUCGGGAACGCACGAAGUAGCCUCAACACCUAUCCCCACAAACUCUGCUCUGG